AUGGCUGCUUCUGACCAUCGCAACCCUUCAAAGAUUGCGUCGUCUCUUUCAGCUGCUGCUGCCGCCGCUGCUGCUGGACCAUCAUCUAAUCUCAAUACUAAAUCAAUCAUCAACACUGCCACCACCAACAACCAUUCAUUAAACACAUCCAACCAGCAACCUCACCAUGUACCAUAUAUCAAGGCCUUUUUUUCAACAGCUCUCAAUCCACGGUUCCGUCCGUCAAUGGAAGACACGUGCCGCAUCAUCAACAACUUUAUGGACUCACCUGGGUCUGUCUACUGUGCUGUAUUUGACGGGCAUGCAGGCAACUACGCAGCGUUAUAUUGCUCAGAACUAUUGCACAAAACCAUCGAACAGUUUCUAAUAUUGUUUGGCUCUGGCUGGGAUUUUGCAGACAUUAUGGCAGAUGUUUUUGAACACGUUGACAAACAGCUCAUGACAGCACCAGCAUACGACUCCAAAAGUGGAUGCACAGCAGCCGUCGCCCUCGUAUCAGCAAUAUCACCGACCCACAACAAGCAUGACGAAUCUCUUGGUGGGGUCAUGGCUAACUGGCCAUGCUCACCACCUCCUCCAUUUCUUUCGCAUCUUCCACCUCCACCUUCUCCAGCAUCGUCAUUGUCUUUGUCGUCUUCGCCUUCGUUGUCGUCGUCAUCAUCAUCAUCAUUAUCAUCAUUAUCGACAUCUUCAUCCCCUAGCAUUUUUUCGCAUCCAAAUGUUUGUUCCCCGCCGUUCUGCACAGGCACGUUUUCGCCUGUAUCCCCACAACCUGCAUUGUCAUCAUCAUCAUCAUCAGCAUUAUUAACACCGUCGGCCAUCGCAGCCCCGCCUUUGCCAAUUGCUGCUACAGUAGGAAUCUCUAAUAACAACAGCAACGGUCACAGCACUAGUAAUCACCCGGUCCAACGUAAAACCCGACGCUCAUACUCUAGCAUAUCGCCAGCGUCACCAUCCAUGCUCCACCACGCUUUAGCAGCAGCAGCAGCAGCAGCAGCAACCACUACCACUACCACUACCACUAAUAACAGCCACAGUUCCUCAGCAUUACAGCCACAGCCACAACCUAAUGUCGCCAUUGCACCGGCAAUGAUGGCAACAAACCUUGUGGGCGCAACCCAGACUUCUACUACUACUACCCAUGCAUUACAACCUUUAUCUUCUGCGCGCUAUUUGUACACGUGCAAUGUCGGUGACAGUCGGAUUGUUCUUUGUUCACGCGGAACUGCACGGGCACUAAGUUACGAGCACCGAGCCACAGACGACGCUGAGGCCAAGCGUGUGACUGCAGUUCCGAAUCCUCAAGGUACGGGGAAUUUCACUGUACGUCACGGGCGCGUGAAUGGCAACUUGACAGUCACUCGGGCGUUGGGAGAUCAACCACUAAAGCCUGCGGUGUGUGCGCGACCAUAUGUGACACAAACCGAGCUAGACCCUGAGGCUGACGAGUUUGCGAUUCUGGCAAGCGACGGGCUGUGGGAUGUGUGCUCGAGCCAACAGGCAGUAGACGAGGUGCGCUACAUUGAGGAUCCAUUCGAGGCAUCAGCGAAGCUUGUACGGUAUGCAUUGAAUAACAACUCGCGCGAUAACAUUACGUGUUUGGUAGUUAGGUUCCGGCCAGCACCUGCAAAGGAGCAGCAGAAGACAAGAAGUGGUGGGACCUGGGCUGAUGCUGCCACAAGUGUAGACGACGACAACGACGACAACGACGACAACGACGCCAAGGUUUCAUUGGAUUCACGGAUUGUAUGCAAAGAUACAAUUGGAAUCAAGGUAUUGCCGUCAUCAUCGGUCUCCAAGAACGCUCAUUUAACCGGGCUGACGGCUGGACUGAAUUCCGGGCUUGUUCCUCAGGGGAUUGUGGCUGCUUCAGUUAUUGCUGAGGCUGGUGGUGGAUCACAGCAGCUGCUGCAGCAGCAGCAGCAGCAGCAGCCACAAUUGAGUGGCCAGGAGGUAGUGAGUGACGAGCCGCUGGUUUUGUCUCCUCCGGAGUCGUUCCACAUGCACGGCUAUUUCCCUGGGGGGGCCUCAACAGUGGUUGCAAAUGAGUUGUCUACUUCACGCAGCCGCCGAUGUUCGAAUACAGGUGCUGGCGGUGGGGAAAGCGGAGCAAUUACGCCUACAAUUGGUGGUGUGCAUGGCAUGUCGCGGACCGUGUCUCGGCAGUCACUUGCUGCAGCGCUAGGUGCGCUUGCUGGGGGUGAGCCUGUGGGGGCAAUUGAUGUUGCACGAGCAGGGUCAUCCUGCACGUUAAUGCAGAUGAAUGCGAGUGGAGUCAUUGAUGAUAGUGAUGGAGAAGAUGAGGAGGGAGACGAAGAAGAAAAUGAUGAUGAAGAAGAUGAAGAUGAAGAUGUCGUUAUGGAUGGCGAUGAUGAGGAUGAAGAUACAGAUAGUUUACCGUUUGGGGCGUUGACUGAAGAAGAAAAUGAUGAUGAGACAGGGCAUGUUAAGCCUAGUCAGCAGCGACGGCGGCGGACUCGAGCGAUCCGUUUUGGGAGAGAAGAAAAGAAGAAGAAGAAGAUGGAUAUGGAGAAUGAGGAAGCUAUGGUGGAAGAUUAUGGUGAAGAUGAAGAUGGAGAUGGUGAUAGAAAUAGAGAUGGAGAUGAGGAUUUGAGAGGAUUAAGUAUGGGAGCAAUGCGAAGCAUUCGCAGCAGCCGGAGCAGCAGUCAAAGCACGGUGACUGCGGUGAGCAUUGGGUCAGUGGCUGCAUCUACGGCAGCUGCAGCUGCUGCGAGAAGUGGCAGUAACAGCAGCGGAGGUGGGAGUGGGAGUGGUCGGUGCAGUCGAAGCGGUAGCAAUGGAGGGUUGUCUCACCGAAGGACAUCUUUUAUUUCUGUAGAUGCCCCGGCUAUGCCGAUGUUUGGUGCACGUGCAGGGUCUGACGAAAAUGCAGGAGUUGGUGUUGGAACUGGAGCUGGGGGUCCUUCGCCGCGGUCGUUUUAUACGCGACAUGUACGGGCGGCCAGUGUUGCAGCACUUGGAGGCAGCGGCACUGGUGGUAUUGGGAAUGAAGGAUUGGCCGGACUACAGUUUGGGACGAGUGUUGGAAGACAGCAACAACAACAACAGCAGCAGCAGCAAGGAGGAGGAGGAGGAGGAGGUUCUUUAAUGAUGCCCAAGAGAGUAGGAACAAAUGCUGCUGGGGCUCCAAUUGGAUUGGGAGUACAUUCUGGACAUUCUGGACAUUCUGGACAUUCUGGACAUUCUGGUCUAGGGACUGGGUUUGUGGAAGGAUCAGUUGGCAUACCUACAGCGCCACUUAAGUCUGGGUUUAUGAAGCGAUACACUCAUCGGACAGAAUUUUUAAAACCCGGGAGUGUUUCUGGGACUAGCAUUAGUGGAAAUGGAGUUCCUAUGGCUAGUGGUGGAGUUAGAGUUGGAGUUGGGCUUGGGUCAUCAUCAGUGUCAUCAGUAUCGUCAUCUUUAUCAUCGUCAUCAUCGUCCUCAUUAUCAUCGUUUUCAUCUGGGUUAUCUGAAAGCAUGGGAGCUGGAGCAUCAUCGUCAUCAUUGUCUGAGGAUGGAGUUGGAGGAGUCGGAAUAGGAGGAAUAGGUGGAAGAGGUGGAAGAGGUGGAGGUGAAGGAAGAACUGUGGGGAUGUUAUCAUCAUCUAUUUCAUCUAUUUCAUCUAUUGAAGCACAUUUUUCACCUAGUAGUGCAACGGCACUUGAUAGGUAUGGUAGGUUUAAAAGGGCAAUGGAUUUAGAUUUUGAUUUGAGUGGUGAUUCUGAGUGUGCUAUUAUGGAAGAUGAAGAAGAAGAUGAUGACGAUGAUGAAGAUGAAGAUGAAGAUAAUGAAGAUGAUAAAAUGGAAGAUGGAGAACUUGAUAGUGGACUUAUGCAUAGAUAG